AUGAAGCUCCCACUCCUCGUAACCUUCUUCUCCGCAACCCUUUCCUACACCGUGCCAAUCGCCAAUACAACCACCAUCUGCGGUCCCGACGAAGCAAUCAUCCUCCUAAGCAACAACACCACUAAGACCAUCAAGAAAGCCGACCUCAAGUCCCAGAUCCCAAACCUCACCUAUCUGCCAUCCACCAACAAUGACAGCACACCACCCCUCCUUAUCACCAGCGCCUCUAGCUCCAGGAACAAGACCACCACUAAGCGCGGAAGCUCCACAAACCUGAUAAUUCCUCUGGAACCACAGAGUUUCCUCGGCUGGGACAUCGCCAUGUCGACCAUCACGCACGCCAACCAGGCCCCCGUCACCCUCGCCAUCCAAUCCGGCCAAUCCAUCGCAAACAGCAUUACGACCGGCGCCUCGGCCGACUUCACUCUCAUCGAAGACUUCCUCUCUCUCACAACGAGUAUCAGCUACCAGCAGACCACGACGAGCACGAUCACGGGCACCGUGACGAUGACGAUCCCCAAGGGCAAAUGGGGCGCGAUUGUUAGUAAUCCGCUAACGCAUCGGAGUCGUGGGUAUGUGUUCAAUGGGGAGCCGGGCAACGGAGGCAAAUUUGAGUAUUAUCAGGCGGAUAGCUAUGAGGAUACUAGCUAUACAUACGGUGAGGGGAAGUUGGAGUGGGUUAAGGGGGUGGUUACGACUUGCUUGGGGGAUGGGUAUCCGUUGAAGAGGUGUGAGGGGGAUGGGGUUUUGGAGUGA